AUGGCGCGAGAACUGAAUGAGGAGGAACUUCAGGACUUGUACGCCUGGAUAGAUAAGAUACCUCUGUCGAGGCUAAAGAGACACAUCGCACGGGACUUUAGCGAUGGAGUGAUGGCUGCUGAGGUUGUGAAAUAUUAUUUUCCCAAACUUGUUGAUCUACACAACUAUGUUCCAGCAAGUGCUACACCACAGAAGCUCAGCAACUGGCAGCUUCUAAACAGGAAGGUGUUUUCCAAACUAGACUUUCAGGUGAUCGAGGACACAGUGAACAAGAUUGUACUGAGCACUCCUGGAGCCGUUGAGCCAGUUCUAAGCCUCCUCAAGGAGAAAGUAGAUCGAAGACCUGAUCAACCAGAGCAAACAAUGGAUUUGCAAUAUUAUGACACCCGGAAUCAAGGGAAAGUCUAUGAGGAAACAUUUCUUAAUGAAGUUAAAACACAAACAGAACAGGAGAAAAAAAAUGAGGAAAAGGGGAAACAGAAAUUAAGCAAAGAGCAGCCAAAGGUGAAUUUAAACGAGUUGGACAAUGGUGUGCGCCAACUGGUGCUGGAAAAGGACAAAGAAAUGCUUUCUCUAAGGGAGACUGUGGAGAUUCUACAAGUCAAAGUCAGCAAACUCGAGCAUUUGGUGCGACUGAAGGACUUAAGGAUUGAAGAGCUCACACGACAUCUGGACACAUACAAGGCUAAAGGAAGUAACCCCAAAUAA